CCAUCUCCCUCCUCCUUUUUCCUUUUGCAUCGUACAUCCCGUUGAAAAACCAUGACCCUUCAUCCCUCCUUUUUACAGAAAGCAACACCACCAUCUCCGUCCCUGCGGCUUCUCUUCUCCUACUCCUCCUCCUCCUCCUCCUCCUCCUCCUUCUCUUUCAGCAAGAAACUCCUGAUAAGUUGGAAGGGCUGCUGGAGUCGCCCAGUCGCUCUUUAAUUUUCCCUCAUCCCAGCUGUUGCCAUCCUCUGUCCACUUAACCUCACCUCAGAGCCACUGGUUGUUAAGCCUUACAAAAUCCUUCCUCGACGCAAGCUUCUGACAUCAGAUCUACUCUCUCCAGCCACCGAAGCCAAAGCUAUACAAUUGGCCUUAGCUGCCAGGCAGCACACUGAACAAUCGCAAAAUAUUGCCAUGAAUCCGUUGAGAAAUCGGUAUAUAUAUUAACGUUGUGAUCAGUCCAAGCGGAGAUAUAGAGAGAGAGAGAGACUGAGGUCCUCGGUUCGAUCUGCUGUAGAGAUGGACAUACUGCCGAAUCCGGAGAGCCCCCCCUCGGACCAGGAACCGCUGCCUGCUCCCGCCGGAAUUUCCUCAUCCUCUUCUUCGUCGCCGUCGCUGAGCCGGUACGAGUCGCAGAAGCGGCGCGACUGGAACACCUUCGGACAGUACCUGAGGAACCACCGGCCGCCGCUGUCUUUGGCGCGGUGCAGCGGCGCGCACGUCCUGGAGUUUCUGCGGUAUCUGGACCAGUUCGGGAAGACGAAGGUGCACGUCCAGGUGUGUCCCUUCUUCGGCCACCCUUCCCCUCCGGCGCCCUGCCCCUGCCCUCUCCGCCAGGCCUGGGGCAGCCUCGACGCCCUCGUGGGCCGCCUCCGCGCCGCCUACGAGGAGAACGGAGGCUGCCCCGAGAACAACCCCUUCGCCGCCCGAGCCAUCCGCCUCUACCUCCGCGACGUCCGCGAUCUCCAGUCCAAGGCACGCGGCGUCAGCUACGAGAAGAAGAAGCGCAAGAAACCCCCCACCUCCGCCUCCUGAUCACCACCACCACCACCAUCAACGUCUUCAAUUCCUCACUCACUGUGUGAGCUUCUCGUGCUUAAUUCCUCGAUCCCAUCAUUAGCUCUUAUAAUUAAUUAAUUAAUGUAUCUCCUUAGUUUUCAGACCAUCGGUAAUGAAUUGCUACUUCUUAUAUUAUUAUUAUUACUAUAUCAUGCUUUCAUUA